CAACCAGCAAUGCCGCGCAAGAAGCUCGCCGCAUGGGACGAAUUCGAUGAGAUUCCCACCGACGAGAACUCCCAGAUGAAGAUGGGUCGCAUGGAAUGCAAGCACUGCAAGGGCACCGUGUCCAAGUCUGUGCACCGGCUCCUGUCCCACCUGCAGAGCUGCCCAAACUUUGAAGGCGACUUGCCAGCCGCAGUCCUUCAUGAUGCCUGCAGUAUCGACGCCCUUAAAGCUGAAUCCGACGCAUCUUAUCACCCCUUGAGCAAAUACAUCGACCACACGUUGCUGAAAGCAGACGCGACCCCGGACAGCAUCGCCGUGUUAUGCAACGAGGCCGUUGACAACGGGUUCUUCUCCGUAUGUGUUAAUGGCAUCUACGCGUCCUACGCCCGAGAAGUCUUGGACGGAUUGAUGCAUCAGUCCCUCAGGCGUGGAUGCCGCCGUCGACACGUAAAAGUGUGUUGUGUCGUGGGGUUUCCUCUAGGUGCGUCGGCAACGGCCGUCAAGGCGUUCGAAGCCACGCAAUGCCUGCAGGACGGAGCCGACGAAAUCGACAUGGUCAUUGCAGUCGGAAAGCUCAAGGCUGGGGACCACGCGUAUGUGCUCCGCGACAUUUGUGGCGUGGUCACAGCAUGCAAAUCCAAGCGUGCAAUGUGCAAAGUGAUCUUGGAAACGGCGCUCUUGACCGACCCCGAGAUCGAGAGCGCCAGCCACUUGGCCAUCGCGGCAGGAGCUGACUUCAUCAAGACGUCCACGGGGUUUUCCACUCGUGGCGCGUCGAUCGACGACGUUAUGCUGAUGAGUCGCAUCGCGCACCCGAGACACGUCCAAGUCAAAGCCAGCGGCGGCGUACGGACGUUGGAGGAUGCGCAGAAAAUGGUUGCCGCCGGGGCCACGCGACUAGGCACGUCAGGAGGCAUUGCUAUUACCCACGGUGACGACGUCGCUCAUGGUCAAUAUUAACCAGUGGACGAAGCCUAAACCCAACUGGAGAGGUAUGGUGCAUUUCAUCGAAAGACUACAUACAGCUCGGCCAUCCUCAGGAGGAGACGUUUUAGUUUAAACGCCUCGGUUCUUUCAGUUAACAGUAAACCAACAUAUAGGUGGCAUGGCAUCCGACAUCAAACCGACAAAUUUGGAGCCGAUGAUUGGAUAACCGACAAAUUUUUGAAUUAUGAUUGGUCAGAUAUUUUAUAGGCAAUCUGAUUGGGCGAUGUAGUUGUCGGUUGAGCAACAUAUCACUCACAUAUAAC